AUGAUAAGCAUCAUAUAAUAGAUAUAUUAAGUAAUAAUUGAAGAUACGUAAAUAACUUAAAAUACAGCAUUAAAAGGGGGAGGAUUGGUAUCUUUAGGGGGAGAUGCUUUUUUAAAAGGGACAUCAUAAAUAGUAAAUAAUAUUUCAACUUCAUAAUAAUUCAAUAAUAUACAAUCUAAUCCAUAAGCAUUAAAAAUAUACUUACAAAAAAAUAAGGAAAUUAUAGAAUUAACAUAAAAAAACGAUAAAGGAUAAUUUAUUAUUACUAAUUGGGCUUCCGGCUAAUAAGAAAAUAAUGGAAGCUUCAUCGUAAAAUUUUUAGACUAAGAAAAUGGAUAGGAAGUAGACUUUCCUACUACUGAAGAUGCUAUAUUUUCUUUAGAUGAAGACAAUGAUGCUUCUGCAAAUAUAAAAGGCACUUUUAAUGCUAGAUAUAGCGAGAAAUACUAGGGCUUUUAUUUUAAUAAAAUUAUUUUUGAUCUUUAUCCUAAAUAUGAAAAAGGUUUAUCCGUAAAAAUUACUUGUGAUGCAAUAAAAAUUCCUAUUUAUAAUAGUUAAAGUAAGUAUGUUACUUAUAAAUAAGAUUAUGACGUAAAAAUUAAUAUUAAAAUGAGAGGAUGUAUUAGGGGAGAAAUCUAUUUAGAAUCUAGUCGAGAAUGUCAUUAUUGUCAAGCAGGAAAAUAUAGUAUAAUUGAAAAUUCAAAGUUUUGUAAAGAAUGUCCUAAUGUAGGAGUUAUAUAAUGUCCAGGUGGAAGUGAAAUCUAAUUAAAUUCUGGAUAUUUUAGAAGAAUUCCUGAGUCUGACAUUAUUGAAGAAUGUAAGAAUUUAAUUGAAAAUUGUGUAGGAGGGUAUGAAGCAGGAAAUAAUUCUUGUGCUUUAGGACAUAUAGGUGCAUUAUGUGAAUCAUGUGAUAUUUAUGGAAUUUAAUGGGGUGAAUCUUGGUCUAACAGUGCUUAAUUUAAAUGUGGAAAAUGUAGUGAAAUUUCAGGUAAUGCUAUUAAAAUGUUUUUUAUUAGUUUAUAUACUUUGAUUGCUAUAUUAUUUUCUGUUAAAAGCACUAUGAUUGUGAUUGAAAAUUAUAUAUUAGCUUAUUAUUUAUAAAGAAUAGGAUUAAUAUCUAAUUCUGUAAUAAUAGGAAACUAAAUCGGAAUUUUAAUAAAAAUUUUUACAAAUCAUGUAUAACUAAUAUAUGUUUUAGCCACAUUUGAUUUAUAAUUACCAUCUGUUAUUGGAGGUAUAAUAAAUAAUGUUGGAAACCCUAUUUAAUAGAUGAUUUUUAGUACUGAUUGCUAUUUAUUAUCUAUUACAACAAGUGUUAAAAUAAUUUACGCAAGACUUAUUUGGUCACUUUUAUUACCAUUUGGUUACAUAGGAUGUUUUCUUAUAUUUUAUUUGGCAAUCUUAUAAAUUAAAAAAAUAAGAAUUUAAUAAACAGUUAUUUGGAUUACAUGUAUUUAUAUGUUUAUUUCUAUUUAGCCUUCUAUUAUAUCAUAAUAUAUUUCAACUAUUUCUUGUAGAACAAUAGUUGGACUAUAAUACAUAAAAGCUGAUGUCAGUUAUGAAUGUUAUACAGAUGAACAUAAUAAAUGGAUGCUUACGUUUAUUUUACCUAUUUUAUUUAUUUGGGUAUUUGGUAUACCAGCUUACUUUAUUUCUAACCUUUAUAGAAAUAGGACUAACUUGGAUAAAUUAAAAAUUAAAUAUAAAUUUGGAUUUUUAUAUCAUGAAUAUAAAAAAGAAUCAUAUUUUUGGGAAUUAAUUAAAAUUUUCGAAAAAACCUUAGUAAUUAUAUUUCUUAACAUUUAUGACUCUUACAUAAUAAUUAAAGGAAUUCUUGUUUUAUUAAUAAUUUUUAACUAUUAUAUUUUAUCUUUAAAUUUUUAACCUUAUUAAAAUAUAAUUUUUAAUAAUAUUGAUAAAUUAUCAAGCUAAGUAGUUUUAAUUUCUAUUAUUUUAGCAUUGUUUGCUUAUAAAAAUUACUUUGAAUAUUUUAUUUGGAUUGCUUAUAUAUUAAUAGCAUAUAUAAAUUUAUACUUUCUUUUUAAAAUGAUUUUAGUUUUAAUGAAUGGAUAUUUAAUAAAAUAUUAGCAACAACUUUUCAAUAUUUAUUAAAAAAUUAAUUUAAAAUUGCCAAAAUUAUCAAGACUAUUAAAA